AGAGCUCCCGGUUCUUCGGAAACGGGCACGCAACGACAGCUUAAAAAGAGAGUUGUGCGGUCUCUUUCUCUUUUCUUUUCUCCCACACCGGCUCGUAUUCCCGCUGUGCUCCGCCACGGCCUCUGCUGGCCUCGAGCGUAGACUGGCCCCUAAGAGUCAUGACAGCUGCCGCAUUGCUGUGAUUUCUCUCCUUACAGUAUCUUUGACACGCACGCACCUGCACGCGCGCAGAAGCUCACCCAUGUCUGCCGUGAAGCGCUCUCUGAACGUCGGUGUGGUCGGCAUGGGCAACAUGGGCAUCCCCAUCACACGCAACCUUGCCUUCAAGGCACGCAGCGCGAUGUACCUGCAGGUGCACAGCCGCAGCGUUGCCAAGGCACGCAAAGUGUGUGACGACAUGAGCGCAGACGGCGCCACCUGCGCGAUGCGCAUUCACGACCGCUACAGCACCGUCACCAAGUGGUGCGACAUCAUCCUGCUCACCCUGGCCCACCGCGAGGCGUCUCGCAAGGUCCUUCUGGAGGACGACGAGGCCCUCAUCACCCACGCCCGCCCAGGACAGAUUCUGGUGGAUCACACCACCGUUGACAUCGAGCUGUCGCGGGAGUGCGCGUUUGAGGCGGAGCGGCGCGGGGCGACCUUCCUCGACGCCCCCAUGAGCGGCAGUCCGAAGGCGGCCUUCAACAACCAACUCGUCUUGAUGAUCGGCGGACCGGCGGAGCAAGUGCAGCGGGUCUCGCCUAUCUUCCGCAUGUACGCGGACAACAUCCACCACAUGGGCCAAAGCGGCAGCGGGACAGCCGCCAAGCUGCUUUCCCAGGCGCUCGUGGCGUCGCACAACGCCGCGGCAGCGGAGGCCAUGACGAUCGCGAACCGGCUCGGCAUUGAGGACUACCAGACGCUGUUGCAGGUGCUGGACGCGUCGUGGGGCUCCAGCACGAUGCUGCGGCGCAACGCGCCGAUCAUGCAGGACCUCGUGCGCAACCCCGAAAAACUCGCACCCUCCUCGGGGGCCACGGUGGACAGCCUCCUCAGCGAUCUCGCCCUGCUGGACGCGUCGCUGCCGGCGGUGGAGGGCGGGCGGGGCGGGGCGCCGAAGCAGCAGGAGGAGGAGGAGCACUUCCCGGUUCUCGAUGCCUCGCUGCGCAUGCUCGGCGCGGCCGCCGCGUCGGGACUCGGGGACCGCGACAUGUCCACCGUCAUCCAUUACAUUCAGGCCGCAGCCGCGAUGGAAUCGGAGGAGGAGGGGGUGGGCCCGGCGGCGGUUCCCCGAGCCCUCAGCACGGAGGCGUUUCAAGAGCGGCGCAGCGGGGCUGCCAGCUCAUCAUCGUCGACGUCGACGUCGUCAGAUCAGUCGACGGGGGUCGAGGCUGCGGCGUUGGACGCGGGUGCGCUGGCGGAGCUCCUCAGUGCGGAGGGGGACGCCGCACCGACUUCAAAGAGCGCCGCAACGACCGCGCCGUCUACAGCAGCACCUUCCACCAACGUGUCAGCGGUGAAUGCAAACCUACCCGAUUUUACGAUGGAUGACUUUUAUUAG